CAGCCAUCUCACCUACCAAAACCUCCACGACGGCGUUUCUUGCUUUUGAUUAUUAUUGAAGAACUGAACUUGGAGUUGCCAUUUUCCUUUCUACGGCGCCAUGGCCGCUACCCAAAUACGUUUCCUUAUCCUGGCCUUGGGAGUGAUCAUCAGCUUCCACUACAUACUCACCUUUACCAACGAAACUUACGGCAACGCCACGUCUCUGGCCCGCCUCAAGGAGCAAUUUGCAGGAAGCACGCCGAAGGGAGGUGCCAUGGAUGCAGUGUCGGCGGCGCCGAGGAAGGCCAAUGCCGCCUUUGUCAUUCUAGCUCGGAACGGUGAUCUGAACGGCAUUGUGACAAGUGUUAAGCAGAUGGAGGACCGUUUCAACAAGAAGUUCAAUUACCCCUACGUAUUCUUGAACGACGAGCCGUUUAACGAUGCAUUCAAGAAACGCAUCACCGCUCUCACGGACAGUGACGUGAAAUUCGGGCUGAUUCCCCGCAGCGUCCCAUACCGUAACAUGUGCCGAUUCAAUUCCGGUUUCUUCUACCGGCACGAACUCUUGAAGCAGUACAAGUACUACUGGAGAGUGGAGCCCGAUAUCAAGUACUUUUGUGACCUUGAUUAUGAUCCCUUCUUGGUCAUGCAAGACGAGGGCAAAGUUUACGGGUUCACCGUUUCGUUGUUCGAGUAUCCCGCUACUAUCCCCACUCUCUGGCAGACUACCAAAGGCUACUCCGCAGAGUUCAUCAACUCCAACCCCAAGCUUGUGUCGCCGGAGAACGCCAUGGCUUUCCUGUCUGACGACGGUGGGGAGACCUACAACCGGUGUCAUUUCUGGUCCAACUUCGAGAUCGGAGAUCUGGACCUCUGGAGAGGAGAAGCUUACAGCAAAUUCUUCGACUUCCUGGACGAGAGGGGGGGAUUCUACUACGAGCGAUGGGGCGAUGCACCUGUCCACUCCAUUGGCGCAGCGCUGUUUGCCAGAAAAGACCAGAUCCAUUUCUUCGAGGAUAUCGGAUACCGCCACGAGCCAUUCCAGCAUUGUCCGCAAGGAACUCCCAUGCUAAAGGGAAGUGCUGGUGUGAUCCUGCGCAAAACUUUGGCGAGUUAUAGGGAGUGGUACUCAUGCCUGAACAAGUACGAAGCGUUGUUCACCAACAAGACUCGUACUUGAGUAAUUCACGAGGGCUUAUGCAUCGAUGCCCUGUGGCUUGCGAGUCACACUGGAAGUCUUAUUG